GUAUUUUCAACCGUUCUGUCAUGCCCAUCAAAGACGUUGAGACUCCUUAUCCUGUCAUUGACAAGGACCCACACUUUUUCCGCGUCGUUCGUUAUUUCCGACCCUCUGAUUAUGCUGCACUGGCUGCCGGUACCGCUGCAGCUCCAGCCAUUAUGCUUGGAUUCGAAAAAUUAAAUCCUAGUGGCCCAGCAAAAGCAAUGCGAGGACCUUUGAGAUUGGCCGGUUUCCUUGGUGCCGUUGGUGGUUUCUUGAUCGCCUAUCAAAGAAGCAGUCUUCGUUUCUGGGGUUGGGAAGAGAACACUGCUGAAGUUGAGAAGGACAAGGCUGAAAUGGCUCAGCGCAUUGCUGAAGGCAAACCUUUAUACGGCGAGAGCCAGCUUUCACCAUACCUUCAGUCAGUCGCAGCUGGUAACUCCAGGAAUGCUCAGCUCAAGUUCAAUGCAAUCCCCUGGUUCAACUUUGCUAACCACGACCAACACGGUGUUGAGGCCGCCAAAUACAAUGAGACGCAGUAAAAUAGUGCAAAUUAUAAAGAAGUG